UGAUCGACUCAUGAAAGGUAUCCUAAAAUAAUUCAUUACUUAGGGCUGUGACAGUGGAAUUAUGUGAUUUAUCUUUAAGGACUGUGCAAAGUGUUAAAUAUUCGCAAUGAGGGCUAUAGAAACGAUUCCGAUAAUAGCGGUUAUUUCAUGGGUCAAUAGUGUAGUUUGCCAAGAUGGUUUCAACGGCCACGACAUGCUCCGUUUGCAACAAAUGGCAAAUAAUGGACAAAUUGAGAGUAUCGCGGGUUAUAAUUCAAAUCCUAACAGUCAGACAUUCUCGGCAAUGAACGUGCAGUACAGCUUACAAGAUGAUAAUAAAUACGAAGACUACAAUAGAGCAGAUCGUGGCAGAAAAAAGAUCUAUCGCAUUAAAAAUCCUUUUAGCCAACAAGAUGAUGAAAAACGUGAAAAUGUCUCUCAAGACAGCACCACGUCAGAUAGCAAUCAAUACACAGGAUUAGCGUACUCUUUGCCUCCUGAAGACUUUCUUAAGCAGAUGAGAGCAGAAAACUUGUAUCGUCAACAACAACAACAGCCAUCAACGCCAAACCCAAUGUUUUCUUAUACAGCAACACCACAGCCUCAAUUUAUGUACUCCACAUCAGGAAGUUAUGAUCAGCCGACCCAGUCAUCUCAACAAGAUUCCAGAUCUUAUAAUACUGGGUAUAACACAAAGCAAAACACUUUCCAAUAUAAUAAUCCAAAUUCAUACAAUACAGAUGUAGUGAAUAGCACUCCAGCGCCGACAUUUUUGUCUACUCAAGCUAAUCAGUAUAUUAGUACUCCAACUAACGCUUACGUAUCUGCUUCAUCUCCAAUCUACAUGACAAGUGCACCAAAUCUACAACCCUACGUAUCAUCCCCUUAUUCGCAAACUCAAAGUGGAACCAUUGAUUAUAGCAAUAGAGUAAGUACGCUGGCUAGCAGCCUUCAGCAUUACGAAAACAAUGCUGUAAAUAAUAAUAGGCAAUCAGAGCACUACGGAUCAGAAAGUGGAUCCCGAUAUUCUAAUAAUGUGCCAAAUCAAUAUCAAAGUUUAUAUGCAUCUUCAACUGCAUCUCCAGUUUCAUCACCAUAUUCCGAAGAAGUUCGUGAUAGUUCACAGGGUAACGCACUGAAUUUCAAUUCAAAUGCUUUACCAAAAUCGAGCCAUGAUUUAGCCCUAUCACCAUAUCACGGUAGUUACUACGGUAUUGAUCAGCAAGACAACAGACAAGACACGAAAAAUGACGGAUUUAAUAAAGAUUAUCAGUAUAACCAACUUUAUUACAAUUAUGCAAAACCUGAUAAUCAGCAGCUUAAUAACAUCAAAACUUCAAGGGAUUUAGAUCAAGGAACUGAAAAACCUGCUAUUUAUUCCCAUGGAGACUAUGGAUGGAGACUGUACGAUCAAAAACCAUCUCAUAGUUCUGAAAUAUCGUCUAUAACACAUUCUGAGUACCACAACUCAGAUAAUGACCAAAAAAACCAAUUGAAUUUUCAAAUGGAUUCAAUUAGACCAUAUAAUUAUAAUCAAAUUUCAAAAUCAAGUUCCGAGCAGUUAGAAGCAGAAGAAUUUGCAAGAGCCGCUGCUAAAGCACACGAGAACUAUAAGCAACAAUUAGAUGCAAUUAGAUUUUCAGGAAAUCAAUUUAAUAGCAAUAACAGUCCAACAUCAUCAAAUUCCUAUUUAAACAGCAACAUACAAUCUGAAUUUGUUACUCCAUCUCCUUAUUACUCUAUGAAUAUGAGAGAAAAUAGCUUCGAUAAUAAAUUGAAAAAUCCAUUUGACCACAAUAAAGCUAUUCAGAAUAUAAUUCCGUUAGCUGAUGUUUCUAGUGCAGUUCCAAUAACCGACAAACGUAACUCAAAAAAUAAUGUAUUUGAUGCAAAUGAUAAAUACAGCCUUGCUUUUUAUAAUAAAGAACAAACAACAAGUGAACAAACAAAACAAUACACACGACCCUUAAGCGAGUCUUAUUAUAAGGAUAAAAAUAAUAUGUAUUCCAUUAGUUUCAAUCCUGAACACUCUUUAGCAUCAUCAGAAAAAUUAAAACCAUCAUAUCAUAGUAAUACUCAAUCUAUGGACAUUAAUGAAUAUAUGAAUUACGUUAAUAACAAACGUUUCACAGACGAUUUACAGCGUUCAAAAGAAUCUCCAAAUCAAGCUCCAUCCUAUUUACAAGGAAACGUAGGUGUAAGUGGAAACAGUCAACCACAAAAUGUGCAACACAGUCCUUCAUCGGAUGCAUCUAGUUUUAUCAAUAUAAAUGACAUUCCUAGUCGGCUUGUACACAAUUUAAACCUUGAUACAAUACGAUUACAAAAUAUGAAUUUUGAGCAGGGUAAUAUUCCAAGUCCUUUACCAGUCAGAAUCAAUCAAAAUGUAGAAACUCAUCAGUUAGAUGUUACAUCCGACUUUUUAAACAAGCUGUUAGCAAAUAAACACCAAAAUAGAGCUGAAGGUGAAAGUCAAGCGAAUAAUUUGUUUGCAACAAUAAAUGGAUUUAGGGUUGCUAAUCCAUUUAAUUUAGAUCUUCGGUUAGUUGAGGAAAUGCUGAAAGGAAAGUCAGCAAGAGAUAAUAAUCAAGUAGCUCAUAAUCAGGACACUUCUUCUUCGAGACUACAGCCAAUGAAGUUAGAUGUAUCACAAUUACAGCAACUUUUAAAAAAUGACAAUAACAUAAUGGGGCUUAAUAGUGGCUUCAGUACAUUUUCUAACCCACUCCUCGAUUUAUAUAGCAGCAACCGUUAUCCAUUCCAGGGAGUUAAAUAUUCUCGUAGUGCAGAAGAAACUGAAAAUAUUCCAAUCACAGAUCCAUUUAUUAUGCACCCUAUAGGAGCAGUUAUUGAAGAGGACAAUACAUCAGAUAAAAUUAAAGAUGACUCAGCAAUAUCCGUAAGCAACUCUGACACAUCAACUUCUAAUGAAGAUAAAUUACCUAAAUUUAAUAAUCGCCAUCAACGCACAAUGGGAAGAUUUUCACAUAACCCAUAUUAUAGAAAGUAUCCUACAUUCAAACAUCCUUUGAUGAAUAGAAUGCGCACUAAAGGAGUUAUGAGUGACAAAACUAUUCGUAGGAGGCGUAUUAAUAGAAGUAAAAUUUAUAGGGGCUUAAAACCAGAUCUUUCUUUUGAAAAUGAAAAUAACUUAGAAGAAUCCAAACGGCCAGUGUCAAUAUUACUUAAGCCACCUCCAGUCAGUGAAGACAGGAUUGACGUGGUAGAAGAUCAAGAAAAUGCUGAAGAUGCUACUAAUGAUAGUUCGUAAAUUAAAUCUGAUGUUCAUAGGUUCUGACAGGUUAGAAAAAUGAUUUACAAAUAGAACAAUCAUUUUGUACAAUAAGCAUUUACCAUUAUUUCGUUACUCUAAAACAUUUUUUUUCUAUAAAGUUAUUCGUAUUUCUUACUUUCGUAAGAAUGCUUCGUUUAUUAAUUAUGAAAUUUGUAAAUAUAAUUAGUCAAAUAAUAAUUCAACUUGAUUAUGUUUAAGAUGUAAAUAUAUUUUUAAAUACUUUUAGAAAAUUAUUGCCAA